GCGGGCAGCGGCCGCACAGCCACCGGCGCUCUGCUCCUGCCGCCGCCUCAGGCCCAGGCCGCCCCUCCCGACCCAGCCUGGCCCCGCAGGGCCCAGAUCGUCCCCUCAGGAAGGGUCCAGACCAGACCGUUCCCUCAGCUCCUCCGACCCCCAGGCGUGGCUGCCCCCGAAGGCCUGCCCGAGCCCCAGUCUGGCUGCCAGGCAAGGGUCGCCUUCGCCCCUUAGGCCAAGCCACACACAGGCCUGGCCCUUCUCUCCAGGCAGGGCCGCCCGCCCUCUCCCCGCAGCCCAGACCCCUCGGCCCCGCUCUGCCAGGGGAGGCCUCGCCUGCACCCCUGGCCAGCUGUUGGGUCCUCCGUCCAGCUUCCUGCCGCCCGUCCUGUCCCUCAGACCGAGGCCACCCCCUGAGGCCCUAACUGACCCCUUCCGGCCCAGGACCUCCGUGUGGACCCUCCGGCCUUUUCAGCCCGACUCCAUCCCAUCGGCCGCCUCGGCCUGAACAUCCUCCUCUCCCCUCGCCCACCUGCUCUCCCCGUCCCAGCUGCCCUGGGAUACAGUCAGUCCCCGUUGCUCCCCGCGGGCCUUUUCUUCCAUGCUCCCUGCAGGCGCUCUUGCAACUAGCACCCCACGUCCCGGGCUCUCAGGUUGUAUGUGGCUCCCCCUCCCCUGGCUCCGUGCAGCUGGCCUUUGCUCACCUUUACCUGUCGGCUCCCCCUGCCCGCCCUUCCCGUCACCCUUUGACCCUCUGUCCACACCUGAUUUUUUUACCAGCCCUCCAUUCUCCAGCUGCCCCAGCCACGAGUCCAUACCACCAGCCACAAAUGCCUCUGUCCUGUCCUUUCCACCUGUCACCCCUUUUCGUUUCAUCAUCUCCUAGCGCCAGUUAAGUAACUUAACCGCCGUUUGCAAAUGUCACUUACUCUAUAGUAUAGGGUCUAUACCUUUGGCUUCAGAAAAUUCAUUUUCUCCUUUGUCUUCUGCCACAUCCACAGCCCCUAGCCCAGUGAUGGCGAACCUUUUGAGCGUGGCGUGUCAGCAUUUUGAAAAACCCUAACUUAACCCUGGUGCCCUGUCACAUACAGACAUUUUUUGAUAUUUGCAACCGUAGUAAAACAAAGACUUAUGUUUUUGAUAUUUAUUUUGUAUAUUCAAAUGCCAUGCAACAAAGAAAAAUCAACCAAAAAAAUGUCAUAGGUUCGCCAUCGCUGCCCUGGGCUCUCCAUCUUCCACCUGUAUCUUCAGCCACUAGACCUGCCGGCACUAGAAAUGCCUUUAAAGCUCCCUUUCCCUUUGCAGGACCCAGGAUCCUCUUUCCAGUCUCUAGAUCUGCUCCUGGUCUCAUCCCCACAGCCAUGCACACGCGUGAAUGACUCAUUUUUCAUUAUCCUCCCAGCACCCAUGAAGCGACUCAGUCCCGCCAGCCAGCCCAGUCCAGUCCUGCAGGUACAGGAAGAUGGAGAUAACCUCAUCCCCUUUGCCAAGUGUUCCAGGGUGGUCAGCCGAUCCUCACCCCCCAGCUUGCCUCCCCAGAGCCUCAGACUGACACGCCAGCAUUAUGGAGACGUCUUCCAGGACAGCCUUAGUGAAAGGCCCAGCUCCACCUGGAUGGAAGAACGGUACAUCCCCUCCCUGCAGAGAGCCACUGGUUGUUCCCAGCCUGGCGUGUACCCACCUGAGGGGCUCCCACCCCCUGAGAUGCUUUUCAGAAGAAAGAGGAGGAGGUCAUAUUUGGCAGGAAUGCAGGGACCUGGGGGCAUCCCAGCCCGGGUAAGGGCUGUCACUUACCACCUGGAGGAUCUAAGGAGGCGACAGAGAAUCAUCAAUGAGCUGAAGAAGUCCCAGUGGAGCAGCCCUGGCGCUGCGGCCGAGCCCCCGGUGCCUGGCGAAGCGAGCUGUGGAUUCCCGGGCACCAGCCAACAGCCUCGUCAGGACGCGGAGCAGGCAACCUACCCACAGGAAGACGACCACUUCCUCCCUCCCGGCAGGGCCCAGCUGCUUUGGUCUCCCUGGAGUCCCCUGGCCCAGGAAGGAUCUUUCCUCUCCAGGCAGCUGAGCUCUCUGACGCCCUCCAGCACUGUCACAGCCUGUAGGAGCCCCCCUUUCAAUACCUGGGGGAUGGAGCUGCCCGAGGAAUAAGGAAGAGCCCUUAUGAAGUCUCCGCAGACUAAAGGCCCAGGGAUGGUAACGAAACCACCCCUGUCGAUCCAACAUGCUCGCGCUGCCUCGGACCCACGCCGCCUCCUCGUCGCUGGAAUCGCCCCCGAAUGCAUCUCCCGUCCUCAGCCUCUCCCAGCUUCCCCUCCCGCCUCUGCACUCGGCACUGACAGCCCCCGGGCCUCCCGUCUCAACCCGCCCCUCGCAGGAGCUCCCCAAGGCCGGCGGGCCCGCGGGCUCCCUGCAGGGUUCUUUCCCCUGGCCUGUCAUUAAAAGGAAAACAAGUUGA